AUGGCCGGUGAUGAUGACGAGUUUGGCCUCUCGUCGGGCGAUGAAGCGGAACUGAUCGAGCUUGAGAAGACGGUCCCUUUGAACAAACGAUCACGCGACGAUGACACCGACGGGCACGCAUCGAAGAAGGCCCGGAACAAUGGAUCAGCAUCUGCUACCGCCAUUCGAAUCGCCAAUCAAGUCCUCAAACAGCAUUUCAGGAUUUCCUCCUUCAGACUCAAACAAGAGGCAGCCAUUGCGCGACUCCUCGAUGGUGGCAGCGCCGUCGUGGUCUUUCCUACUGGAGGUGGCAAAUCGCUAUGCUACCAAGUCCCUGCACUAGGCUUCAAGGAAAUGGAUCGAAUCGCUGGCAUACGUCAAGGUCCCGCUGAGAGUGGUAUCACCAUUGUUGUUUCCCCCCUGAUCGCCCUCAUGAAAGAUCAAGUCGACGCUUUACAUCGAAAAGGCAUCGAAGCGGCCGUAAUGGACUCCACGAAGACCAAGGAUGAAUAUCUCGCCACUGUGGAUGCAUUGAGCAAUGGCACUCUGGAUAUACUGUACUGUGCGCCCGAGCGUCUCAACAAUGAAGGCUUCCUGACCUCAAUGGCCAACGUCAAGGGAGGCGUCCGACUUCUCGCCGUCGAUGAGGCCCAUUGCAUCUCUGAGUGGGGGCAUGCCUUUAGGCCAGAUUACUUGAAAGUGGCUCGAUUUGCAAAAGAGAUCAAUGCAGAGAGAGUGGUAUGCCUGACUGCUACUGCCACGCCAGCUGUAGCCAGGGAUGUCUGCAAAGCAUUCGAAAUUGACGAUGCUGGUCUUUUCAGGACGUCUACAUAUCGAUCAAACCUCAAGCUCAAGGCUCAAUCGUUCCAGACCAAGAAUGAGUCGUAUACUGUGCUCGAGGCACUACUCAGGUCGCAUCCGGGAUCAACAAUAAUCUACGUGACGACGCAAAAACAGACCGAGGAGCUCGCCAUGCGUUUGCGGCAGCGGAAGCUGAAGGCGGAAUUCUUUCAUGCGGGCAUGAGCUCGCAGGCCAAAGUUUUGGCUCAGGAAAAAUUCAUGAAAUCAAAGGAUUUGAUCAUGGUGGCGACAAUCGCCUUCGGCAUGGGGAUUGACAAGGCGGACAUUCGGAACGUCAUCCAUUACGACAUCCCUCGCAGUAUCGAGGGCUAUAGUCAAGAGAUCGGGAGGGCUGGACGUGAUGGGCUCGACUCGCAGUGUGUGCUGUUCCUGUGUGCUGAAGAUCUCCAUUUGCGGGAAAGUAUGGCACGUGGUGACCUACCCAGCAAGAAUGCAGUCUUCGCUCUGUUGCAGAGCAUCUUUUCCUGCAGGGUGUCAGACGAUCACCUGCAGACAAUUGAAGUCAGUCCCUAUGCUCUGGGGAAAGAGUUCGACAUCCGACCUACGACCCUCGGCAGCAUCUUCGCACAAUUGGAGCUGCGUUUCGGCUUAAUGCGAGCAACCACUCCAAAGUACACUCAGUAUCGCUGGAAAGUGUUGAAGUCCUCGAGCUGGGACCAGAGCCCUGCUGCGAUUGCAAUACAACGUGGCGCAAAGAAAGCCAGGAUCUGGAGUGAUAUUGACGUCGAGCUAACUGGGCGCGUGAGCGGCGUUCCACGGGCGGACCUUGUGCGAAAGCUGAAUGAGUGGCACGAUGGCAGAUGUAUCGAGCUCGAUGUCAGUGGCGUGACCAACGUCUUCCGCGUGCUGAAGGAUUGGCCACCCUCGCCGACGGAAACAGAACGAUUGACGGAUGAGCUGUACAAGGACCUCGAGGUCCGGGAGCAGCAAGCGCUGGACAGAAUGAACCAAGUCAUCGAUCUGAUCACUGGCAAAGUGUGCUUUGCUCAUGUUCUAGCUUCGCACUUUGGCGACUCGCUCCCGGAGGACGCUGCCCAGUGCGGACAUUGUACAUGGUGUGAGACCAAGACUGCCGUAGAGAGAGUUUCUGCCCCCGAGAGAGCUUGGAACUCCACUGCUUUCUCCAAGGUGCUCGAAACUGUCACUGCUCGAGACGACCCGCGAUACCUGGCUCGGAUCGCCUUUGGCAUCCACAGUCCACGUGUCACCGUCGACAAGCUGGGCAAGAGUCCCGUGUUUGGUUCGAUGGAAGAUCAUGAAUUCAUGGCCUUACUCAAAGCAUUCGAGGAAGUGUGUGACAAGUAGUGUACCAUGGACUGACCAUACAGCCCUGUUUCUACAACAUUCGAAAGGGAACAGGCAAGAUUUGCUCUCGGACUUGCGCCUGGUACGCCGUCUUUCCAGCCGCCACGAUUAUCCGGAAUCGCCGCGAAGCCCGCGAAACGGACUUUCGCCCGAAUGACGAGCGCUGGGAGCUAUAUGCCCAAGUCGACUUCCAAGCGCACAAUUGGACGAUCGCUGUUGACCAACUCUAGCGGGAGUUCCUGGAGAGCCGGUAGUGGGGCGUGGCACCAGUAUCGACGAGGCAAUUCGAACUGGACAUAGCUCGAUGUGACCUUUACGUGAUGGAAAUCUGUAUACUGCGAUGUCUUUACUUCACGUCGAUUCAUGGAAUUGAUCUGUGGUGCACAUGGUUGGAUCGUAGUAUACAGAGGUAUACCGUUCCACUCACCUGAUUGAUCAUGCUCCCUCCCCAUGAGGGAUUGGCGCGCAUCACAUCAUGUUCGAGACAAAUGUAUUAAGGGACGACGCCGGCUGUGGCAGGUAGGCAUUCCAAGUGAUCCUCUUUGUCUGAGGCACCCCCUAGUCUUCGGCGUCUUCACAUGCAGGCUGCUCGCUCGUUUCCACGGCCCCACGGCGUGCUUCUGGAAGCAUGAUAUAAGCAAUUUCAAGCAAGUAUUACUGUACUAGUGAGCAUGGUUCGGACAUGGGACCCAUGAAGGGGGGUAGGGGGACUUGCGAAGGCUGUCGCUGUUGGGUAUUAUUAAUGUCGGCACGUGGGAAUCAUUCGAUUUCGCAGGUGGGUAGGACGGGAAUGGAGAGAUGGAUGUUCUUGAUGCGAUUGUGAGUACCUACCUGUAUCUGCCUGAUUUUAGGUAGUGCUGCUCCGUGAGGCCGGUGAGCAGCUCAGGCGGGCAGUCAAUAAUACGGGGGCGAUGGCGAUUGUGAUGUUGUAGUGAGGUGGACACACGAAAGGGAAGCCAGCAGGGUGGUGACACUGGG